AUGUCUCGGCACGUUCUGCUAUCGCGGCUGGCGGAGCAGUUCCAGCCCUCGUCUCCGCCUCCGCCAGCUCACCGGUUCCCAUCACCUGAAGGGAGCAUGUCCCCUCGGACCCCGCCGUCCCCGCACUCUCCCCCGCGCUCGCCUGACACUCUCUCACAUCACCGGCUGGAUUUACUGCAGUUGGGAGAUAUCGAGAUAGCCGGGAGGGCGCUUAAGCAGUACGCACGGGCUACAGAGUUGGGUGCACUGAUGUACUGCAGUGGCCUCGGAGCGCUGUACAGCGGCGCGGGAGUGUGGCCGCUGCUGAUGCCGCGAGCCUCGCCUCACUUCGCCAGACCCUCGGUGGACCACGCCAGGCAUACCCCACCCAGAGAUGAUGAUGAGGAAGAGCUUCCUUUGAAUUUAUCAACCAAAAACCGUCAUAUCUGGUCCCCGGGAAGUGCAUGUGAGCGUGAAAAAGUUGAAGUGGGAGAAGAGUCGCCGAUUUCUCGAUGGGAGGGUCAGGAUGACACAGACACGCCUCUCGAACUAGUCAAGAGAUGCCGCAGCAACCCUGACGAGGCCGAGCGGCCGCCGAGCGCGGAGCCGCGCCGCUGUCCCUCCGCGCCCGCGCACCACACCUACCCCAUCAAACCCUCACCAGCCGGAGACCUCAACUUCUCUCUACUACUCAAAAAUGAAAACAGAAACGAAAAAUCAUUCCAAUGCAAGCAGUGCGGCAAGUGCUUCAAGCGGUCGAGCACGCUGUCCACGCACCUGCUGAUCCACUCGGACACGCGGCCCUACCCCUGCCAGUACUGCGGCAAGCGGUUCCACCAGAAGUCAGACAUGAAGAAGCACACUUAUAUACACACAGGUGAGAAGCCGCACAAAUGCGUUGUGUGUUCGAAAGCGUUCAGCCAGAGCUCGAACCUGAUCACGCACAUGCGCAAGCACACGGGCUACAAGCCGUUCUCGUGCGGGCUCUGCGACAAGGCCUUCCAGAGGAAGGUGGACCUGCGCCGUCAUCGCGACUCGCAGCACUCGGACGCGGCCGAGCCCCCCGCCGCGCUGCAGGUGCCACACCGCUACAGGUACUUCGGCGACGAACCCCCGGCACCCCUCACCCCACUCAUCACCAACUAAUGCCAGAGUAAUCACAGCUCCAACAAAAGAUGAUGCCAGCGAUUCCUGACUCGCAUUCAGAGCAAAGGUCCCAAGGGUGACACUGAAACUAGCAAACAAGAAAAGUUAUGCUUAGUUAUAUGAUUGCGAAACCUGAAGGUUGUAUUUAAGAGGAGUUAUGUGUAAAUAUAAAUAAUUGUUACCUUUUAGUGCCUUAAGAAAUACCUGUGAAACGUGUUGUUACUAAUUAACCAUGUUCUACAAAGAAUUACGAAUAGAUUGAUAACUGUGUAUAUUUUUAGUGUAAACCUCACAAUCUCCGUCCCAUAAAACAGUGAUAUAAAAGUAGAUAUGGAACAGUCUAUUUAAAAACUGUCGGCAAUCUGGUACCCUGUAGGUAAGUAAUAUAUAGUCUAAUAAUACCAAAGUAAAGUGUCUUAUUUAGUCGUGUGUGAAACGCUUUAUUU